CAUUCCUUCCCUCUGGUAAAAACUCCUCACUGCAACCUGGAGAUUGUCCACGUUUACAACAUUCAGACGCCGCUACUCUGCUCAACAUCUGCAACCUCGGCCCUCUGCGCAAAGAGUGCAUACGGCUCCAGGCCUCACAUUUAUCUAUUUUGUUGCUAUUAUUUUUUUAUUGGUUUGAAUCCCUCUAACUUAUUUGACCUUAUUCUGCAAAGAUGUUUGCCUGCUGCAUUUUCUUUUUCCUACUUACUGCGUGGUCUCCCGUGGAGUGCAAUCCCAGUCCUGCGGUAGGAGAUGUAGUCGUGGACAGACACUUCAUCCCUCAAAUCUGUGCAAGAGAAGCGAAGGAGGGAGAUUAUGUUCGCUAUCACUACAACGCCACAUUUGUCGACGGGAAAACAUUUGAUUCGAGCCAUCAGAAAGGGGACGCGAAGGUGGGCCUACUCGGGGAGGGCCGGCUCAUCGCUGGAAUUGACAAAGGUCUGCAGGGCAUGUGUGUGAAUGAGCGCAGAACACUCACCGUCCCCCCCCACCUGGCCUAUGGAAGCACCGGUGCAGGUGAUGUGAUUCCUCCAGAUGCCACCCUGGUGUUUGACAUCCAUCUGUUGGAUCUGUGGAACAAAGCCGACCUGGUUGUCACCAAAACCAUCAGCACUCCCAAAGACUGCAAACGCUCCGUGAUGCGCACCGACUUUGUGCGCUACAAUUUCAACGGCACUCUGCUCGACGGCACCGUCUUUGAUUCCAGCUACACCAGGAAGCAGACCCAUGACUCCUUAGUGGGUGAGGGUUGGCUGGUUAAGGGCAUGGAUGAAGGGCUGAUGGGCAUGUGUGUGGGAGAGAUCAGAAAUAUCAUCAUCCCCCCCUUCAAAGCCUACGGAGAAAAAGGAUCAGGUACAGAUAUUCCCUCCCAGGCGACCCUGGUGUAUGAUGUCCAGUUGGUGGACAUUCAUAACGCAAAGGAUAAUCUCACUGUUGAGGACCAGGUGGUGCCUGAGUCGUGCACACGCAAAUCUGUGUCUGGGGAUUAUGUCCGGUACCACUAUAAUGGCACCUUCCUGAACGGAGUCACUUUCGACACCAGCUACCAGAGGAACAACACAUACAACACCUACAUCGGGAUGGGGUAUGUGAUUUCAGGCAUGGACCAGGCCCUCAUAGGAGUAUGCAUUGGAGAGAAGCGGAGGGUCAUCAUCCCUCCACACCUGGCGUAUGGAGAGGAAGGAGCAGGUGGCGUCAUCCCCCCCAAUGCUGCGCUGGUGUUUGACAUUCACGUCAUCGACUUCCACAACCCCAAUGACACGGUGAACAUCCAGAUCAUCCACAAACCCGAGGAGUGUAAGGAGAUUACCACAGAGAACGACCUUGUGCGCUACCACUACAACUGCACCCUGGUGGACGGCACGAAGCUCUUUUCCUCACACGACUACGAGUCCCUUCAGGAUGCAGUGCUGGGCUCAGACAAGGUGAUCGACGGGCUGGACCAAGGCUUGCGCGGCAUGUGUGUGGGAGAGAAGAGGGUGAUAACUGUGCCGCCUCACCUUGGCCACGGAGAAAAAGGGGCCACUGGUGUGCCAGGCAGUGCUGUGUUGGUCUUUGACAUUGAACUGGUGAGCUUUGAGAAGGGAGUGCCACCUGGUUACCUGUUUGUGUGGAUCGAGGAGAGCCCUGCAGACCUGUUUAGUGCCCUGGAUAUCAACAAGAACAAAGCGGUUCCCCAGGAGGAGUUUGGGGAGUUCAUCAAGCUGCAGGUGGCGGAAGGCAAAGGUCGUAUAAAGCCAGGAAUGAUCAUGGAGCAGGUCAUCACCGACAUGUUCGACAACCAGGACCGAAAUAAAGAUGGAGUGAUCACCGCCGAUGAACUCAAACUGAAGGUAGACGAGGAUAAGGAAAGAGAAGAUGCGAGGCACGAGGAGUUGUGAUGAAAAAAAAAUUAGUUUUAUUCUCUCUCAGGGAUGAACCCCAACGCCUUAAAAACAAGCGAGAGACUUUCCAUCAUCAUGGUUUCAUACUAUCUGUACACAUUGAACAGUAUUUUUUAAAUUACAAGAAAAUAGUGCAAAGGGUCUUUUUUUGUGGAGUUCUGUGUUGUACGAUUGUUUGUCUUUGAUAAUUGUAUUUCAGAAAACCACCUUUAUUUGUCCGUGAAAGUCACAAUUAAAAUGUUUGUAAGAAAAAGAAAAUGGUUUCUCUUUUUUUGCUAAAGAAAUCAUCCGUCAUCAGAAAAACAAGACGCAACGUUGCAACUGUUCUCAAUGGCACACUUAAAGGAGAAUUGCACCAAUUUUACACAUCAAAGUCUGUUAGAGCCAGAAAUGUAUUCAAAUAACGACUUCUGUGAGCAGCUUCUUAAAAUGCCAGGAAAACACAACAGUGUUUGCAAAAGAAGAGCAUCAGUCGCAUCUCUCUGUAAUCAAAUUAGUAACAUCAACAUAUUGUACAAAGACUAAAAAUGCAUUGGUUGUUUUUAUUGGGAACGAUUGGAUACUGGUGACUUAAUAAUAUGAAUAUAAGUGUUAUUUAUAUUGAUAAAUCUGUCAGAAAUAUUUAAAAGCCACAACAUGAUUCAUCAAUGUAAUGACUACCUUACUGUCAUAAGACUGCAUUGUAAGGAACUAUACUAUAUAAACAUGUUGAAUAAAGCAAUAAUCAUUUUUAGAAUGCCAUUUCAGGAAUUUCCGUUGGAGACACGAGUCUUUAACAAUACUAAAGGAAUUCAAGGAGUGGUCAUAGAUUUCCUGCAACUUGUUAAAAAUGUGAACUAUGUCUUUAGCUGAGAAGAGCACACUUACAUUUUCAUCUUUUCUUCAACAAUAAUAAAGAGUGACAAGGAAAAUGACCUGUCGUAAUUUCUAGCAGCCACAAUGUUUCAGUUCAAAGACAAAACUGUCAUUAGGAGCA